AUGUUCUGGAACCUGCGGAGGCCUUCGCACCCCGUGGUGCUGCAGUGGAUCGCGGAGGCUUGGGAUCAAGUCCCCAAGCAGAUCAUCAUCGACGCGUUCCGCCACUGUGGGAUCUCGAGCAAGCUGGACGGAACAGAGAACCACCUGGUGAUGUCUCACCUGCGCGCCAGGAGCACCACCGAUGUCUCCGCGGACAUGUCUCUCGGGGGGACCACAGGCGACAACACGCGCCUGCUCGGUCGGGCUCCAGAGGAGGAGGAGGAGGAGGAGGCGAUGCAGGCGGAGGGCGUGCGGGAGGUGGCCGUGGCAACCGGCCUGGAGGUGCUGUACCAGGAGACCCCCAACUACCGCGGAGCGGCACCCGAGGCUGGCCGCAUGAUCAAGCCUAGGGAGACGGCUAGGCAUGCCUGGCGAGUGCUAGACCUGGGUGUAGAGCCUGAUGUUAGUGCAGGUGAGGAGGCGGUGACGGAGGGGGGUUAG